CACAACAACCACCAGGAAGGAAUACGACCUUAGCAACGACUACCAGAGUUCCCUCCCUAAUCUCUGUCUUCUAUAUUUUAUCUCUUCCCUGCUCUACUACCGGUUCUCACCCACAUACUUGUUCUCACCAUGUCUCUCGACAACGAGCUACUUAUGCUUGCGGGUGAGGAAGAUGAAGACGAUUUCAAGCCUUCCUCACCUCCACGCCGUAAACGAACGUCCUCGCCAAACUCUGUCUCUCCCGCGAAAAAGAGAGCUAAGCCUACCGUUCGAAAGACAAACAAGAAAAAAACAAGAAGGGACAGCGAUGACAAAGGCAACGAAGACUCCUCAGGCCUGUCAGAUGCCCCGUCUUCCUCGGAGGAAGGCUUUCGAUCUGAGGCUGAAGAAUCUAUGGAUCUCGAAUCCUCCUCCGACGAGGAAGAUAGCGUCCAGGAUCUCUACCCACUGGAAGGCAAAUACAAGGAUCAGGCAGACAUGAGAGCGUUACUUGCAAUGAAUGAGAUCGAUCGAGAGGCUUUGCUAGCAGAGCGUGCUGGUCUGAUCGAACGUGCUCAACAGGAUCGUCACCUUCGCAACUUGCUCAAAUCGAGGAAUACAGCCGACACGGCGAACGGAACAUCUGUAUCUGGGGCCAAUCGCAGAUCCACUAGGACCAAGAGUAUGCCUAAAAAGACCGAAGAAACCACCAAGAGGGGUAAGCUGGAUGAGCUCAAAAAGAUCCGGGAGGAGCGUAUCACUCGUGCUGCCGGGUCCGGCAAACAAACCGGCGACGAAGAUGAUGCUCGAGCAAGGAGGAGGAGUAUCAAUGAAGAUGACGAAGAUAAGGCUGGCUAUAACGAAGAGAUUUACGUCAAAGAGGAUGAUAGAGAUAUCGUUCUUGCGGACGUAAAUAAAGCUAGGAUUGGCAGAACUGGGUUAGCAAAACUUUGCGAUUAUCCUGGCUUCGAGGAAGUGGUCACAGAUUGCUUUGUCCGUGUAUCCCUCUUUGAUAGAGAGACAGGAACUACAUCAUAUCGUCUUGGCUGGGUUAAAGGUUUUGUGAGUGGAAAAUAUUACAAUAUGCUCGACGGCAAACGCCGCACCGAUCAACAUUUACGUGUUUCGCAAGGAUUGGCGGAGAGAAGUUUCGGUAUGGAGUUCAUGUCAGACAGCCCAAUUACUGAGGCCGAGUUGAACCGGUUCAAGAAACAAAUGGAAUUUGACCACUGUGCUAUGCCGCCCCUAUCUUUGUUGGAGAAAAAAUCCCGUGAACUUCGUGAACUUGAUAAUCGUGUUCUUACCCAAGACGAAGUCAACGAGAUGAUUCGAAAACGCAAUUCAGACAAAGUGGAUACUGUCAAUAUAGUCCUCAAGCGUGGGCGUUUGCGUGACGCCCGCGAGUCCGCGCAGCUUAAGGGAGAUGAAGCUGAAGUUGCCCGUAUUGACAAGGAGCUCCAGGACCUUGGCGAUCAACAUGGCAAGAGUCUUGUAGUUCCCAAAUCACAGAUGGAGCGCCUAGCAAAACUCAAUGCGGUGAAUCGCAAAAAGAAUGUUGCCGAGAUACGCAAAGCUGAGAUUGAAGAGAAGAGAGCAGCCAGGACCGCUGCAGUCCAUAACCCCUUCAUGCGGGUUAAAACAGUCGCCAAAACCAGGCAUAAUCUGGAUGGGGGUAAAAAGGAAGGGGGGGACUCUCAGAACGCUAGCGGAGACUCACAGACUGAUACAGAGUCGAAAUCCAGCCCCGCUGGCGUUGGUUUUCUUAGCUCUUCUACGAAGGGAAGAGGGAGACUGGGGGCCAGUGUCGACGAUGUCAUUGCGAAUUAUGAUUUUGGCAUUGAGAUAGAUAUCUAA